AAAAAUCAAUACGACUUUUUGAUGAGGAGAAAUUGCAAAUCUCCUAUAGAAAUGAUCGUAAUAACUGUGUUUUCUUGAAGGAAAUAAUCGACGCGUACGCUCGUGUUUUUGUUUAUGACAUGUAAUCAUAAUCACAUGUGUUAUCAGUGAAUGCAUCCUGCAUGAGAUAUGUUGGCCAGUGAAAACGUCUUCUUCAGCUUUUAGCAGUAGGCUUGUUGCGUCGAGAUAGUCGUUUGUUAUGUGCUUCGAAUAGUGCGUACUCUCCGAAAGUCGAGAGUGUUGAAGCGAAAAAUGGCGACAGGCGAAGACGGUUUGCUGAUAUCCAACAAAAUGUGGAAGAUGUGGUUCCCAAUAAUCGUGAACGCCGUGAUGUCCACAUGCGCAUACUUCGUAACAAUUAGGAUAAUACCAAAGCUCAAAGACAUGUUCAUUAAGGCCAACCUCUUCGGCAUAGACAUGAGCAAGACAACCAGUGAUAAGGUACCUGAAGCUCUCGGAGUCGUCUCUGGAUGCACAUUCCUCGUGACAAUGUUUCUAUUCAUACCAAUACCCUUUGGCACAUCUCUGUUCAACGGGGAUUUUCCUCAUGAUGAGUUUGUCGAGUUGAUAGCUGCUCUACUGUCCAUAUGUUGCAUGCUUCUAUUGGGAUUUGCUGAUGAUGUGCUGGAUUUGCGAUGGAGGCACAAACUGCUGUUGCCCACAGUUGCAUCGCUGCCUCUGCUCAUGGUAUAUUACGUGAACAUAAAUUCCACGACGAUUUUGGUGCCUAAACCGUUGCGCGAUCUGCUAGGACUUUCGAUAAACUUAGGUUUUCUGUACUACGUGUACAUGGGCAUGCUGGCCGUGUUCUGCACGAACGCCAUCAACAUCUUAGCAGGAGUGAACGGAUUGGAGGUCGGCCAGAGCAUUGUGAUUGCAGUUUCCAUAGUGAUAUUUAACUUGAUAGAGCUGUCGAGAGAUCUGUGGAAGCACCAGUUCAGCUUGUACUUUAUGCUGCCGUACAUAGCAACCUCGUUGGCCUUGCUGAAAUACAAUUGGUAUCCGUCGAAGGUGUUCGUGGGCGACACGUUUUGCUAUCUGUCCGGGAUGACGUUCGCCGUGGUUGGCAUCCUGGGGCACUUCAGCAAGACGACGCUGCUCUUCUUCAUACCGCAAAUCUUCAACUUCCUCUAUUCGAUUCCGCAGCUGUUCCACUUCGUGCCGUGCCCUCGCCACCGUCUACCAAAGUUCAACUCGAAGACUGACAAACUAGAGAUAAGCACCACCAAGUUCCGGUACAACGAUCUGAGCGCCCUCGGCAGGCUCGUGAUCAGCGUCUUCCGGCUCUUCCGUCUCAUCCAGUGGCAGACGAAGGAGGACCACGUGAUCACCAACAAUCUGACCCUCAUCAAUCUCGUGCUCAAGCUGACCGGUCCGUUGCACGAGGCGAAGCUCACCACCAUCCUGAUAGGCAUACAGAUCUGUUGCACGGCGGUCGCAUUCACGAUCAGAUACCCGCUGGCGCAUUACUUCUACGAUUAGCGGACGACGACCACGACCAGCAGCAGCCUCGUAUUGCAUGUAGAAUUUACGAAGCGAGUAUUCGAUAGGGGGUAUAUAUUUAUUUUUUUUUGUUUUUGUUGGAAAACGAAGCGAAUUAUAUAGAAAUAAAGAUGUUGUUGUUGUCUGCAAAUUCUAUAUAUGUGUGAUUACUAUGUGACGCAUGAAAUAAAUUGAAAUUUUAACGUU